AUGGCCGACUCGAGCUCCCAACCCUUCUGGGACUCGGCUGCACAAGCUGACAAUGACGGCCGCUACGCAGUGAGUCGUGCAAUGUUCCGAAGGGAGAAGGAGCACAUGAUUGCAGCAAUUCGCCAGGAUGCCAGUGCGCUUCGUGAUGCUUCAGUCGAACUCCGAAACGACCGGGAGGUCGUGAUGGCGGCCCUUGAAGAGAAUGGCCUUACCUUGCGCUACGCCUCUGCAGACCUCAAGGACGACGAGGAGCUUGUGAUGGCAGCAGUUCAGCGAACUGGCUUUGCCUUGGAAUCUGCCUCGCCCGUUCUCAAAGGCAGCAAAGACGUCGUUUCGACAGCCGUCCAACGCGAUGGCUUGGCUUUGGAGUAUGCAUCGGAUGAGUUGAAAAAUGACAGGGACGUCGUCCUGGCGGCUGUAUGCCGUGAUGGCUUGGCUUUGGUCUAUGCUUCAGAUGGACUGAGGAAUGACAAGGAUGUGGUGAUGGCAGCAAUUGAUCAAAUCUGGAUUGCAGUGGAAUACGCCUCGGAAGAUCUGAAGCGAGACAAGGAGGUCGCUCUCACUGCGAUCCAUCAAAACCCACAAGCCCUGGCUUCUCUGUCUAAGGACCUGAAGAGGGACCAGGGGGUGGUUUUGGCGGCAAUUCAGCCGAGCCCGCUUGCCCGAGGCACCACAACGAAGGAGUUGAGGAUAGACCAGGAGGCCGUCAUGGCUGCACUCCGCAAGGAAUGCUCUGCAAUUGUACAUGCUGCCGAGGAGUUAAAAAAGGACAAAGGCUUCAUGAUGGAAGCCGUGCAGACGAAUGGCCUUGCAUUAGAGCAUGCAUCUAAGGGCCUGAAGAAGGAUAAGGAUGUGGUGCGCCGGGCAGUACAGCAAAAUGGGCUGUCCUUGCAUCUGGCCUCAUCCGAGCUGCAGAACGACUUAGACGUCGUCUUGGCCGCAAUACGUCAGAACCCCUUCGCCUUGAGCUAUGCACCGACUUCUUUGAAGAAAAGCAGGAGUUUUCUGUUGACAGCACUUCGUGAGAAUGGCCUUGCCGUUGAGCUCGUUGCUGAAAGCUUGCAGAAGGACAAGGAGGUCGUCUUGGUGGCAGUUCAACAGAAUGGCCUUGCCUUGGAGCAUGCUGGAGAUGAGCUGAAGAAUAAUCUGGAGGUCGUAUCUGCAGCCUGCAGCCAAGAUCCUUGUGCUUUGGAAUUCGCUUCGGCUGGCUUGAAGGAUAGCAAGGACCUUGUGAUGACAGCUGUCCUUCGCAAUGGUGCUGUGUUGAAACAUGCUUCGCAGCGCCUCCAGAUGGACGAUCAACUCCUCUUGGCAGCAGCCGCUCGGCCCUUGCGCCGCUUCUCCCAUGAAAGAGCUGAGAUUGGAGGGCCCGGAGAGGUGUCAAAAGAGACACAAAAGACGCAGGUAGAGCAGGAGCAGCUCUUCCCCCUAGGAGAGCCAGGGCCGGCCAAGGCCGCGCCCGCACUGGCACCUCUCCCGGAGACACAGCAGACGCUGGAGGUCGAAUCUCCCGCCGAGCCUGUCCAAGUCGACCCACCCCGGCCUUGGGGGGAGGCACCUGUGGAUGCGCUCGCUUCAAACGGCGAAGGUGCAGCGUCGGAUGGUGUCGAAGAAGACACAAGCGAAGCAAGUUCUCCGAGUCCAAAUGCAGACUUGCCAGACGAAUCCGAGCACCACACAGGACCGUCAACACCUCCGUCAACACCUCGAACGGAGCCAGAGCCAGGAGAGCCCGCAGAGACGACGCAAGCCAUGUCAGCUGAGGAAGAUGGCUGUGAAGAGGUCGGGUCCAGAUCGAGCCAACACGACGAGCCGAACCACCUAGAGGAUCCGGGCAUACAGAUGUGCCACGAGGAAGAUCUGCCUCUGAGUCAGGAGGCUUCAUCCGAAUUCGGGCAUGAGGCAGUGCUCGCCACAGUGCAGCACGAUCAUCCCGGCCUGGCCCUCAAGGCCACCACGAGCGUCCCCGCGACGGGGCCUUCUACGCUCGAGAGCUGCUGUUUCGGUUUCUUUGUGCAGAGGUAG